CGGGCAGCCAAUCGGCGCGGGGCGAGGGCGGGGCUAAAGCAUGGCGGCCGGGCGGGACGUGAGCGGCGGGCUGGAGCCCGUGGCCGUGGCGCUGUGGCCGCCCGGGGAAAGCCCGGCGCCGUUCCAGUACAGCCCGGACUGCGUGCCCGGGGCGGACGGAGCCAUCGACCCCACCGAGGUGACCUUCCAGGGCUGCCCGUGCCGCGUCCGCUCCUGCACCGCCCGCUCCUGCCCGUGCGUGCGGCUCGGACGGCGCGGCCGCGUCCCGCAUUGCGCCGCGCCGCUCUUGGAGUGCAACGCCAUGUGCCGCUGCGGGGACGGCUGUCAGAACAGGGUCGUGCAGAGGGGUCUGCAGGUCAGGCUCCAGGUGUUCAAGACGGCUAAGAAGGGCUGGGGCGUCCGCGCUCUGGAAGCCGUAGCCGAGGGGAGCUUUGUCUGCGAAUACGCCGGGGAGGUUUUGGGCUUCGCCGAGGCACGCAGGAGGAGCCGCGCCCAGGCGGCCCAGGAUCCGAACUACAUCAUAGCCGUGCGGGAGCACCUCCACGACGGGCGGCUGAUGGAGACCUUCGUUGACCCCACGUACAUCGGGAACGUGGGCAGGUUCCUCAAUCACUCCUGCGAACCCAACUUAGUGAUGGUGCCCGUCCGCGUUGACUCCAUGGUGCCCAGGCUGGCGCUUUUCGCUGCCACCGAUAUUUCUGCUGGAGAGGAGCUUUGCUACGAUUAUUCUGGGAGGUUCCGUAACUUACCGCCAACUGAGGGGGAACAAAAAGCUUCAGAAGAAGGCAGCGUGCUGAGGAAGCCGUGCUUCUGUGGGUCCCGGACCUGCGCUGCCUUCCUGCCCUGGGACGGCUCCCUGUUCCCCGCUGCAGACACACAUUCACAGAGCUCUCCGUAGCUCCCUGGCCAUACGUAGCGAUGCCAUUUUCUCCAGUAGUUGAAGUGCACCUAGAUCAAACUGCAAACAUCAAAGAACUAUUUUUUGUAGAAGUAUAAAGCGAGGUUUUGAGUAACAGCUGAGAACAUAAGAUUUUGAGACCACCUUCAUGCAGCGUCCCAGAGGCUGUUUUCAAGGUGGAUGAUAAGAAGCUUCAGGGUGUUCCAGUCUCAAUUACUGACCCGGGAUUGGUGCUUUCUUCUUGUUUUCAGCUGACAGCUUACCAUAUGUUAACAAAUUAUGUCUUUAAUUUGUACUAAAGCUUUCAGAACGAAUGAGCGUUAACACAGGUAUGGAGAAGGGAGCUGUGGUAACAGCAACAGGCAGCUCUGGCAGUCACACAGAGGAGUGAGAGAGACAAAGGAAUGCUGGAAUUUGCACUAAGAGGCAUUAGAUGUCUUAAACCUUGUUGUAAGAAAUAAAUCUUUAAAAUGA